AUGUUUAGUAAUUCAUAGUAAUGGUGAAUAUUUUCUCAUCUUUUGAUCCCGAUAAUAAUUCUCAAAAUACCGAAGAUGUUGAAGACGACAUUGUGGAUGUUUGGAUGUCCCUUAUUCCAAAUGGGGUUCCAGAUCAUUAUCUGACUCGAAUAUUGGAAAACUAUGGACAUAUUGUAUCUAUAACAAGAGAAAAAGAUUGUAUGGGAAAUUUGACAGGGAGACGAAUGUAUAAAAUGCAUUUAGAAUAUGAAAUACCGGGAACUUUACAAUUACCGCAAGGACACAGAUGUCAUCAACAAGAAUUUAAAGUAUGGUAUGAGGGACAAGAAAAUGAUGAAAUAAAUAAUCAAAAUCAAAGUGAUAUCACGCCAAAAUGUUAUAUAUGUAAAAAAACUGGUCAUCGUGCCAUGGAUUGUUGGCGAAGAAAAGUGUGUCCGUUAUGUAAAGAUUGGGAUCCCACACCUCAUAGUGAAGAAGAUUGUAAAGAACAUAGGAAAUCUAAUAUAGAAAACAUGACGCUGGAAGAAUUCAUGAUUGCACAAACAAUGGUCCAAAUGGGACAGAGUCAAUUAAGUCCCAGCAAAGCGUCCAAAAUUGAAGAAAAUUGUGAAGAUAAUUACCACGAAGAAAAUGAAAUAGAGAAAAUAGAACAAUCAGAGUCCUCGGAUAGCAAAGAAACUACUACACCUUAUCCUGAAAUAAUAAACAUUAGAACACUAAAUACUAUAAACAAAGAAGACAAAAAUAGUCUAGAAGAUAUACCAGUGAAUCAAAUUAAUUAUCAAACACAAAUUCAUCCUGAAAAACAAUUAUCUGUAAUAAUAACAUCUGGCCCAAAACCUCACAAUUCUCAACCUUUUAUUCAACAAACCCCAGAAUUACAACGAAAAAAGAAAGCUCUGGAAGCUUUAGAGGCAGCACACGUUGUCACAAGUCAGUCUGGCCCAGAAUUACAACAAAAAACAAAUUCGCAAGAAACUUCAGACGCGACACACGUUGUCACGAAAAAUGAUCAAACAACAUCUCGUCGUUCUUACAUACUUGCUGAUUCCCAAGGGAGGCAACUCAAACACCUGGUCUCUGCCAAAGUCCAAGAAGGUACCCCUGGUUGUCCGAUUUGGAAACUGCAUAACAUAUUAGCAUGGCACAGUGUUGACAAGUUAAUGGACGUAUUAAUACUCUAUGUCGGAGCAAAUAACGUAGUAUCAAAUCAACCAGUUGAAAAAGAUGUUGAUAGAUUAGUAAAACUAGCGAAACAAAAAUCACAAAAGGUUAUUGUUAGUGGGAUCAUUCCUCGUUAUGACCAUCUUGAAAGCGAUCACUCGCGACAUACUGUUAAUAGGCAGUUGAAGAAAGUCGCGGAGUAUAACGGAGCUUUAUACAUUGAACCACCAACAAUUUUCAACUUACAAGAAGGAGGAAUUCCCAUCGAUAUGUACGAUAAAGAUAAAAUUCGUAUUAGCAAAAAAGGAGCGCAAGAACUAAUUCGAACUUGGGAAAGAAAUGGGGGAAUAAAUAUAAUGAAAAAGAAAAGGGAAAAAAGAAAAGCAGAUGACGAAAUUCCCACUGGAAUUGAUAAAGUUGAAGAGGAAAACAAAUCAACUACCAUCUCAAACUUUGAUGAAGUCCAAGCUGAAAUAGAAACUAUUGGUCCAAAAAGGCGGAGGCGGAAGACUACAAAACAACCAAUUCUGUGGAAAUUUUUACUGGAUGCGCUUAAUCAACCUGAGAAAUAUGGAAAAAUGAUUCACUGGGUGGAUAUCAAAACAGGCACCUUCCAGUUUACAUCACGUCACAAGGAAGAACUUUCGAAAGACUGGGGUAUAGCGAAGAACAAUCGAUGUACAAUGACAUAUCAAAAAAUGGCACGAGCGCUUCGGAACUACAUUAACAGAGGAGAAGUGUUGCAGAAAGUCAAGCGAAAACUUCAAUACACAUUCUUACCGGAAUUCUACCAAAGCAUACUUCCUAUGGUGCGACAAUAAAGAUUAAAUAAAAAUCUCCAUGAAAUACUUAUACUGUACAUGUUUACAAAACUAUAAAAACGAAAACAAUAUUGGUGAAUAUCAUCGCCAAACACUGUGCCUGUGAGGUUUAUGUGAGUCACCCAUGGGUGUGUACUUUAGUGUAUUUGGAGUUUCGUUACGCUGUCAACCUCUGUCUGUAUUUUGAAGUAGUAUUUCGUGUGACUAUUACUCAUGACAUAGCUGUUAGUUAGAAGAUAUGCAUACCGCUCAAUGCACCAUACUAAGGAAUUGCUAACAGUUAAGUUUUUUUCACGUUGCUUUGUAUUUAUUUGAAUAUGGACUGUUCGAUUUGCUUUCAAUGUUUGCAUGACGCCAUAGAUGAAUACCACAUAUAUUGCCGGAUUGGUUGUUGGGGCCAACUCAGAGGUGUUGUCAUCCACAAUCAACCAGCGCUCAACUCAAUUUUAUAUGUAUGCUUCGGCGCUUCGCACAGAAUGACUGAUACAGAAUUCCUCUCCAAUGUUCCUUAGCUUAUCAUAAUUGGGAUGUAGUGGUAUUUACUUUUGAACUAUAGUGGAAUAUAUGUUACACAAUGUGCUUAUGCCACGUUUUAUUGAUAAACGAGACUGGGACUAAGUUUUUUCAAUACCUGAUAACCAUAAUAUAAUGGUUUAUGUUUCAUAUUUUUCGUUUAUUCUUUUCCAUUAACCCAUUGAAUAGUUUUUAUGAUGACUGAUAUAUGAAUGUAGUAGCUGAAUGAAAUGUUUCGCCACCGAUUUCUACAAUAUAUUGCAGGCUGUUUGUGCCUCGUGGACUGGUAUUUUAAGUUUCAGGUAGUUAUCCCAGGUAUACAAUGUUCCUCCAAUAAAUUUUUUGAAGACUUCAUUGUGGGGUCUACCACUUUACUUCAACUGUUCUUUGUGUAAUUAAUUCUAAAUAAUCCAGCUUAAUCUGGAUAAUCUUGAUUUAAUUAGGCUUCUACCACACAUACAAGAAAAUAUGGACGAAGACUGUUAUUGGGGUCAUACGUUCUCCGUCUUGGAUAUUUAAUUUUGACCUUUUAAUCUUUAUAGUGGGAAUCUAUUUUGUGUACAAUAUUCUUAAACUUGCGAAUAAAAUGAAUUAUGACAUUUUACAAAA